AUGUCGGAUGAUGCCGAACUCGCUCGCCGUCUUCACAUGGAGUUGAAUCAACGCGCUCGCCCCGUACGGAAUAAGAAGCCGAAGCGUUUCGCCGACGACAACCUUUUUGAUUCUCCCGAAGGAUUGGAAGAUUUCGGGAUACCAAAGUGGGAACCGCAACCGAAAAAGAACGUCCCAAAAGUUCAGCUGACGCGUUCAAACACUUUGGGUGCAGAAAAGCCCGCAAGAAAAGUAUCGAAAUACCUCGACGAUUCUCCAGAAUACUCGCCACCACCCGAUAGGGCGCAUUCGCAACCCACAACUUCCCACAGUCAGUCGUCAGACGACAUUAUCUUCAUCGAAGAAAAGCCUGCGAAUCGUCGAACCGACCUACUCGAUACGACCCCAUCACGUAAAAUGGGGAAACAAUGUCCGGAGAUCCCUCCGUCAAACACGAAUGCGAUCAUUGAAACCUCAGAGGAGGCAACAGCGGAAGUCGUUGCCCCGAAGGCUUUAGACGAUAAGAGCGCUUCAACUUCCCGUGAAUCCAGCAUCGAGAAUAUGGAUCCAAAGGGACCAGUGCUUCUGAAGGAAGAGCCAGAAUUAAGCCUUCCAUCUUCGACGACUGAAACAAAGCCAAAGCCUUUGGCGACUAAGCCUGUAAAAAAGAGCGAACCCUUGCCAGAAAAUUCGAUCGUGAGGGCAAAGCUUGCCCCUGGGAAAGGCAUGAAACCGGUGUUUGAGUCAAGUCCGGUUCUCGAUCAAAUGCGUACCCCGAUGAUGAAGCGGCGCUCGUUGGGUUUGGAUCGCUCGUGCCCUGGGAUCGCCCCUAGCAGCUCAUUUUCGUCGCCGUUUGCUGCGGCAGCUGGUGAUGUGGGCGGAGCGACUCCUCCGCCUCUAAAACGAAGAAGCCUCGGUCUCCAACGAAGCACACCUACUGCGAGUACGCAACAACCAAGCGAGAAAGCGGCGUUUAUCAGCCCGAUUGUGCUCGUCGAAACGCGGAGAGGGAAGAAGGCCCAGACUCAACUCCCCAACUAUAACAAGGCCGACACCGCGGAUCCGAUGCGGAUGAAGGAGCUGGACAAGUUUCAGGCAAAUCCCUUUCUUCUCCGACCGUUUUCU